AACCGAAACAAUAUGUUAUAUAUAUCUAGGUUUGCCAACUGAACACUUGAAAGAACUAUUGUUACGCUGUACUUUUAAUGUCCAGUUCAGUUUCAAUAAUGAAAUACAUAGACAAAGGGAUGGGAUCGCAAUGGGGUCUCCAUUGGGUCCAAUUUUAGCAGACUGUUUCAUGGCAAAAGUAGAAAACGACCAACCCCGUUCAAUGGUCAAUCGAUUCCACCUAUACGUGAGAUACAUGGACGACACGUUUGUUGUUUGUGACAAUAAUAUUGAUUUAGAUGAUAUUCUACACACCUUUAACUCGUGCCACCCUUCCAUAGACUUCACGUUAGAAAGGGAACAAGACCAAUCAAUUCCUUUUCUCGAUGUACGUCUGAUGAGAAAGAGUAAUGGUUCUUUAAAAAGAUCCAUCUUUAGAAAACAAACAUGGAAUGGCCAGCUAACCAACUUCUAUAGCUGGGUUCCGUUAAGUAGGAAGAGAAACCUUAUCCAUUCUUUAUGCCAUCGCAUACAUCACAUAUGCAGUACGGAAUGCAUUAACGAAGAACUCGCAUUCCUGAAGAAGACUUUGACGGAAAAUGGUUACCCAGAACGGUUCAUAGAAAAGAAUAUGAAUAAAAGUAGUCGCGAGAAGAAUUCUAGUUGUUCCGUUCCAAAGAAAAACCUUUAUAUAAGUCUGGAAUUUAAAGGUGACCGAACAUCAGACGUAAUCAAAAAUCGUCUAACAACAACUAUUAGAAGAACAUUUAACGCGUCAAAACUGCGAAUAUCCUUCACUAGUAGAAACUUAUUUUCUGUAUCCAUAAAAGAUAAGCUUCCGCGUCUGGUCGCCUCCAUGUGCAUCUACCAGUUCACCUGCUCUUGUGGAGCAAGGUACAUUGGCCGUAGCCAGCGCUCGCUUUCAACUCGGAUACGAGAACAUAUCCCAGCUUGGUUCUAUAAGGGUGAAAGGAAAGCAGUUAGGAGUUCUAUACUUGAACACCUAAUCGACUAGAACCAUUCAACAGAUCCACAAAUUGACUUUAAGGUUGUUUAUAUGAUUCGUUCAAAUCUACCCAGAUUUCUUUGCAUCCAACUUUUAAAAAUAGCCGAAGCUCUUGCCAUCCAGGAGCUUAAACCAGAACUAUGCGUACAAAAGAAGUACAUCUUAUCGUUAUCGUUACCUUGGCCUUAAUUAUUUUGAUUAUCCUAUUAUUAUUAUUAUUGCUGCAUUCCCCCUUUACUUAUGUCUUAUAUCCUCAUUGUUUUAUUCGUAAAUGCUCAUCAUAUCACUUUAUUUUUUUACACCUCUAUGACCUUUAAUUAUUAUAUCAAAAACAUUUUAAUCAUCUUAUUAUAUU